AGUGUUAAACGAAGGUGGCGCUUUCGUACGACAGAAUAAUAGGAUUCUUAUUUAAGAAAAGACAUAGCCUAUAAUUUACACAGUUAUCUAAUUUGGUAAGACUAUUCUACUUAAAAAUGGUAGAAGAAAUUCAGAAGAAGCUUCAAGCUGAAAUAGAUAAAUUUAAUCAAGUUCAAAAAGAUUAUAACAAAGCACUUCGUACAAGACAAAUACUAGAUGGGCAGUUGAAUGAAAACAUUGCCGUUAAAAAGGAAUUAGAUCUCUUGAAGUCUGAAGAUGAAGUUUUUAAAUUAAUUGGACCAUGUCUUAUAAAACAAUAUUUAGAGGAAGCUAAACAAAAUGUCACUAAACGUAUGGACUAUAUAUCGUCUGAAUUGAAGCGUACAGAAGAAUUAAUAACUACUUUGGAUAAGAAACAGGAUGUUCACAGGGAAACCCUUGAAAAAUUGCAGCAAAUGUUCCAGCAAGCUCAAGUCAAAGCAUCGCUUGCUGGAAUAAAAACAUAAUAUAACAUUUGCUUUUUAAUAGUAAGAUUAAAAAACAUUUUCUUAUAUCUAUGAUUAAGCAGAUUGUUAUUUAAAUCUCAAAAUUAAUAAUAACUGUUUUUAAAAUAAUAUAUGAUAAUAUUUAUGUUUACAUUUUACUGGUAUGUAAUAUCAAGUGCAAAUCAAUUAUAUAAUUAUUCAGAAUAUAA